AUGAAUCCCCUAACGCAGAUCAAGAACACGCAGAAAAUAACAGCGCGAGAGACUGCUAGAGGAGUAUCGGACGAAGCGUCAUGGCACGCCAAGUACAAGGAGUCCGCGUAUGUUUUCGUCGGCGGCCUUCCGUACGACCUCACUGAGGGCGACCUCCUUGCGGUCUUUGCCCAGUACGGUGAGAUAAUGGACGUGAAUCUGGUGCGGGACAAGUCCACUGGCAAGUCCAAGGGCUUCGCGUUUCUGGCGUACGAGGACCAGCGCAGCACCAUCCUCGCUGUCGACAACCUGAACGGCGCUAAGGUUGCCGGGCGGAUAGUGAGGGUGGACCACGUGGCGGACUACAAGAGGAUAGCCAAGGAGGAUGAGGAGGAGCGGGCGAAGCGCAGGGAAGAGAACGGGGUCUGCUAUGCGUUCCAGAGAGGGGAGUGCUCCCGAGGAGACAACUGCCGCUUCUCUCAUGAUGCCCAGAGAAACGCUGACACGGGAUGGGGCGGGAAGGAGGGCAUGGAACGGGGAACAGAGAGCCGCAGCAGGGCUGAUUUCGAGCCGCGCGACGAGCGAGUGAACGGUGGUAGAGGCGCUGGUGGGAGGCCAGGCGUUGCACGAGGGGAGGAGGGGAGGGAGAGAAAUGGGGAGGGUGAUGGUGGUGAUAGGACCCUGAGAUGGGCGAAAGAGGAUGUGAUCGGACGGAGAGGAGAAGAUGAGGAGGUGAAGGGCGGAGAGGAAGGUGUCAGACUGAGAGAAGGUGAUCGGCGAGAGGAGGGCAGGCACAAGGCGCGACAGGCUGGGAAGGGAGAACGUGAGAGGAAGGAUGGUCAUGCAUUGAGGAAAGGCACGAUCUUUCGCCACGAGGGGUUCAGGAAUGAAACAAACGACGGGGGGGAUGACAGGCUGAUUGGUGAGGAGGAUGACGGCAGGGGUAAGGAUGAGCGGAGGAAGGUCAGAAGCAGGGAAGGUGGCGAGAGGCAUGGGAAGCGGGAACAGAGGGGUAAGGAUGAUAAGGAAGAGAGGAGAGGUGCAAGACGGGAGUUGGAGGAGGAAAAACGAGAGAGGUUCAAGGGCAGUGAUGACAAGCACAAGCGGCGAAGGGAGGAGGAUGAGGCCGAGAGGACAAAGCGCAGGAGUGAUGAAGACAGAAGGCGGUGGAAAAGGGAUGAGGAGUACCGUAGGUGA